GUGGUCGGACUCACCAUGUAAUUUUUAAGUCCCCUUUCAGAGCUACCAUCCUGUGAUUCCUGUCUCCAAGGAUAUUACCUUUUAUCAUACUCCUGAUUAGGAAAAGAAAUCUUUUGAUUAGUGGACAUGUUUUAAACCUGGAUUGGGGACACUGCUGUGGAGUUAGGGUCCAUGCUUUCAUUAGGAUUGACAGCAGGCAGAAUUUGUUUGCAACAUUUUUAAGGUCAUCUGCACCUUCUGACUGGGAAAAGAUGGUCAACGUCUUGAAAGGAGUGCUUAUAGAAUGUGACCCUGCCAUGAAGCAAUUUCUGCUGUACUUGGAUGAGUCAAAUGCCCUAGGGAAGAAGUUCAUCAUUCAAGACAUUGAUGACACUCACAUCUUCGUAAUAGCAGAGUUGGUUAAUGUCCUCCAGGAGCGAGUAGGUGAAUUAAUGGACCAAAAUGCCUUUUCUCUUACCCAGAAGUGAAAAUAUUAGAUAAUGAUCACUUAGGAAUUAAAAGUAACAAAUGUGAGAGACUCACCAUUCGAUGUCUUGUGUGACCGAAUAGAUUUACAGAAUUGCUCGGAAGCAUGCGACAGGGAAGACUGUGAAAUCAUUUGUUCAUAAGAAAGCCCCUGAACUGACUUUCUUGUUCUGUUUUUUUCAUUAUGUGUACCCUAGAAUUUAAAAAAAAAAAAAAGCUUUAA